AUGAAACGUCUGGAUUUACAAGGAAUUCGUGGAAUUGCAAUUUUGGCGGUUUUAGGAUUUCAUUUUUUUCCCAAAAUCUUUUCUAAUGGAUAUUUGGGUGUUGAUCAGUAGGUUUUUCGUUACACAUUUUUUGGAUAAUGGUAUGAAAUAUAGGUUUCUCUAAAAUAAAAAUGUUUCAGAUUCUUCGUGCUCUCUGGAUUUCUCAUGUGCAUGUUACUAUCAAAAAGCGAGAAAACUGAACAAUCAACUCUUUCAAUGAUCCAAAAUUUCUAUAUCCGUCGAUUCCGCCGAAUUCUUCCACUAUACUAUCUCAUCAUUUUCAUCUCCCUUAUAUUUCUCUAUGCCAUUUUCCCUGAUUCCGCAAUCGUCAUCAAUGAAAAAUCAGCGAAACAAGCCAUGAUUUUCCUAUCAAAUCGUCUGAAAACCGACGAAGAAAGCUAUUUCGAAAUGCUUUCGAUUGCUGUUGAUAUUUUCACACAUACCUGGUCACUUUCAGUCGAAAUUCAAUUUUAUUUACUGGCCCCCUUAAUAUUCCUAAUUCCCUCAAGAAUCGCCUCAAUGGUUUAUUUAUCGAUCGGAAGUUUGAUUUAUUUUUAUUACCUCCCGCCAAGUUUCGCAUUUCUCAAUGUUUUUUCGAGGAUUUGGCAAUUUUUAGCGGGAAUGAUGGCGUUUAUUUUGUGUUGUCAAAAUUCUAUGCAAGAAAAUGCGUAUAAAUUAUUGGAAGAAUGUGAAGAUAUUGUGGAGAACGAGAAAUCGGAUAAUUCGAAAAAUCCAUUGAGAUUUUUUAAACCUUGCUCGAAAAUCAGUAUGGCUUUGACUGUUUCGGUGAUUUUCGUAAACUUCAAUAUGCUCACUUUGCCGGCGGAUAUUGUGAGGUAUUUUUCGAAAUUCUCAAAGGGUUUCUAAAAAAUAAAUCUGAAUUUUUGACGUUUUGGGUUAAUUUCAGACCUAUCGCCACAUUUCUAACAACUGCAAUUAUAAUCUUCUCAAAUAGUGAAAACAACAAACUUCUUUCAAACAAUAUUCUAACAUAUAUUGGUGAUAUAUCCUAUUCAUUAUAUUUAAUUCAUUGGCCAAUUUAUGCUUACUGGAAGUUGACACAAAAUGAAAAUAUAUUAAUGUUGAUUAUCGCAAUAAUAUUAUCAAUUGCUUCGGCGGCUCUUGUGUAUAAUUAUUUUGAAAAAUGGUAUACUGUUUUGUCAAACCGGAAUGUUGCGAUUUUGACUGUUAUUUUAAUGACAGGAAAUGUGAUUAUUUUGAACCAUGAAACAAUCAAUGAACAUAUUGAAAAUCAAAAAAAUCUGCACAAUUUUACAAGUCUCGAUGGAAUUAUUGAAAAUAUGACACUAGAAGAUGCUAAAGCCAUCAACUAUAAAUGGAACACGCAUGACACCGAAAAUUUGAUAAUAAAAGCUUGCAAUUACUCUUCUACACCACCAUUGUCUUGGUGCAAUAUCACUGGAUUGGAUCAAAAUGACGAGAAGAAAUAUAAAAUAAUGGUUUUGGGUAAUAGUUGGGCGGCGAAUCAUGCGAAUCUUUUUCAUCAAGAAUGUGGUCAUAAAGCGAGGAUUAUGUUAAUUGGUGCGAAGUAUGGGUGUGAACCUUUUUAUCCGUCGCUGAAGCUUGAUAGAUGUCAGAAAGAUAUUGAUGAUUUCAAAAAACAUAUUGAAGAAUUUCAACCGGAUUAUGCUUUUCAUAUUACAAGGUAUUUUAAAAUUUUCCAACUGCGGGGAGGGGUAAGAAGAUAAAUCUAGCUUAUCUUAACAAUUUAUGGAAACCAGAGCCUUCGCAAAUAUGGGCGGUGUCCAAAAGGCAACAUACUUUUUCAUUGGAUUUUCGGUUAUCUUUCUUGAAUCUUACAGUAUCAAAUUGCUUAGAAGUUUUCAGCUAGUUCCGAAAAAAUAUAUUUCAGACAUAUUUCAUACGGAGAACCAUUUCGAAAAGCUGGUGAUUUUGUUAACGAUGAGAUUUACAAUAUCAUGUUAGAUAAUCUUCAAUUCUACACGAAAUAUAUCAAGAAAAAAUUCUAUAUUCUCGAUGCGAUACCGAGAAUAAAUGGAGAUAUGGGGAAACUCGUAGAAUUUAUGAAAAUUAAUCUAACACUUUUGGACAUUGAUGUGAGUUUAGUAUUCAAUGAUGACUAGUCGACUAGUUUCAUUUUUUAAUAAACUGGUUUUUACAGAACAAAAUCACUGACUUGCAAUUUUAUGAAACAGCGCGAGUGAGAUAUCAUCAAUUAGUCAAAGAUUGUGGUGAACAAUGUGAAUUAUUUGAUUAUGCACCUAAAUUCUAUAGAAAUUCGACAAAACAUUGGCGCUUUUUUGAUGAUCGUGGAUUUGAAUACAUGACUACUAUCAAUCAUUUGUCAUUCCAUGGCUUAGAACUUGUCAGAGAUGUUCUCCGAGAUAUCUGUCGGAAAUUAUGA